AUGUCGUUGGAUCGCGAGGAACAAGCAGAGUAUACGUUAGAAAUAACCGCAAGUAAUGGAGCCAGUAAUUCGAAAGCAUUGCUGGUUAUAAAUGUUGAUGACGUUAAUGACCAUGAUCCUGUGUUCUUGAGAAAGAAUUACCAGGUACAUACUGAGUAGUUUUCUUCAAGUAACCCCGUUUUCCUCCCUCACAAAAAUUAACCCUUCCACCUUUGUUGUGCUUUUUGAUCAGAAAUAUGGUGGCCGCCAGAGGUGCCCUAGUAAGCCUUUGAUCAAGUUUAAUCACGUUUGAUCGAUAAUAUCGAUUAGGUUCAGUGGUGGAUACUUUAAGGGGAGGGGCUAAUUAGGUUGCCCACAUAUGACUGCCUCUUGUCUAAAAUUUCAUUCAAUAUACUGCUUAAUUUAUAGCCUACCAAAGCUUUCAUGGUUAAAAAUAUCUGCCCCCCUCCCCCUGGUGUCCACUAUUGACUAGGCAAAUAUGAACCCAUAGAUUCUUGUCGUAUACGUAUGUCUCAGUUUGGCCAUCCUAGAAUUUAAACAGAAAUGCACGUCAACAUAUUAAUUCCGUGAAAUUAUUUUCUAGGUGGAAAUUACAGAGAACAGAGGAAUGGUAAAGAACUUGCUGUGUUUAGUGGCGAGAGACAAAGAUCGCGGCAAAAAUGCUGAAGUGAACUACGUCAUUGUCUCGGGAAAUAAGACUUUGUUUCAUAUUAAUGACACGUCAGGCACUCUCUCCAGUGAAUCACUUAAUUUUGAGGAUACCAGGAAACAUGUAUUGAGAAUUAGGGCCACAGAUCAUGGAGAUCCUCCACGAUCUUCAUUUACCACUGUGGAGGUAUUGGUCAAGAAUGUGAAUGAUGCCCCGACGUUUGAGUCGGAGGAAAUUGCAGGUAGAGUUAGUGAAAGUUUACCUUUUAGAGUUGAAAGUCACCUAAUUUUAUUCAUACCACAUAGCUCUAUGGUCCAGUGUUACUACAGAGGUCCAGUGUCCAUCUCUUGUUGAUCCAGUCAUCUAGUGUUGCUACAGGAGGAAACCCAGAUGAUCUAGUGUUACUACAGGAGGAAACCUAAACUAAACUAACUUUUCUUAAACAGGUCCAAGAACGAUCAUUUCUUGUUGAUCUAGUGUUACUACAGGAGGAAACCUUCAUGGUUUAGUGUUACUACCGGGGAAGCCAAUUAACUAAAGAACCCAGAAGAAACAUGUGGUGUUUCCAACAUGCAACUAAGGUGUAAUGACAACUGCAAUAUUAGUAAGAUCAAAGCCAUGAGCAUAGAAAUUUAACGAUUAUGCCUCCAACAUAAAUUUUUCAAUGUUUAGUUAGUAUUGACGAAGAGAAACCAGCAGGCACAGGAGUGGCAUUCCUUCCAGUUCUUGACGAAGAUGUUGGGAAAAAUGGCGAAUUUGAUUGCACUUAUGAAAAUAUAGAUCCAGAAGAGUUUGGCAAGUUUCGAGUGGUGACAACUAGCGGUGGAUGUGAAAUUUACAAUAAAGUUUUGUUGAAGUGGUUUGAAGGAAGUUCCUAUUCUUUACGUGUGAGAGUCACUGAUAGAGCUUCCCUUUUUCAUAAGUCUGAUGUUAUCACAGUUGGAGUUAAGGUGAGAUGCUUUGGUUCAACAACAACAACAACAACAACAAUUUACAAUUCCCACUAUAGACUCAUUUUUUAUCUUGGCAAAAAAGCAUAUUCCCGGAAAGAGCAUACUAAAAUGAGUAAAAUUGCAAAUUUUGGUUGCGAAAUGUUGUAAAAUGCAGAAAUAUAUAGUUGUAUUGCGUGCGGAAAUUGCUACCAUCUUCGGCCCAAAUGUGCUUGCAAUGUCCGCACGCAAUACAAAACUAUACAAAAUUUGAAAACUUUGCAAGGCUAUAUUUUCUGCAUUUUACAACAUUUCGCAACCAAACUUUGCAAUUUUACUCAUUUUACUAUGCUCUUUCUAGCUGUGGUGAUUUAUUUGCAUCUCCUUGUCUAGUUUUACAAUUAGUCUAUAAUGGGGACUGCCUAUUACUAACUAUUUACAAUUUUUUAAAAUUUCUGUAUCACACGUAGUGGCACGAAUAACUAGAAAUAGGAAAACUAAACGAGUCUAGUUCCCCUGCAUGGGCAAGAAAUAUUCAAUUUAUUUACUGAUAAUAUUAAAACAUUAUCAAUCAUGUAAAUCAUGUUUCUAGACAAACACGAUUAUUUAAUGUUGUAAAAAUAGUCUAGGCUAAGUAGAUAAUAUAAGGAGCCUCGGGAGAAUGGAUUACUGAUGUGACGUUAUGACAUAAUCUGUAUAUCUACAGGGUGUCCCCAAAAAAGUACCCUCCAUAGAAAUCAUCCUAUUGUUGUUAAGCACGGGAUUUCAUGCGCCUGGUAAUUAAAAAUUCAAUUCAAUUGUGUUUACGCACUCUUGUGUUCAGUAUAGUGCUCAGGCAUUCAAAUUAUAACAAUAGGAUAAUUUCUAUAGAGGGUACUUUUUUGGGACACCCUAUAUAACCGACAAUGGCAAAAUGUGAUCCAUUACGCCAGUGAAAUGGCGUAAUCGUCCGUCAUUCCAUUCUUUAAUAGAUCAUGGAUUACGCCGAAUGAAAAGGCAGAAUGAAUUGAGAUGAUUAUAUUAAUUUGAAAUGUCUACUGAACAAAAAUGAAAUAUCUCCUCUAUAUUUAGAUCAGAGACCUGAACAACCAUGACCCAGUGUUCCUACAAGAUUCCUACUACUCCUCUGUACCCCCAGGUACCACCUCUAUUCUUACAGUGGUCGCUACAGAUGAAGACAAUGGGCGUAAUGCCAGAAUAAGAUAUUCUUUAGCAACCCAGUCUGAAAUAUUCCAAAUUCAUACGCGAAAAUGGCGAAAAGAAACGUUAACAGUUGGAAAGCUAACAGCUGUCAGGGGAAAACUUCAUGCAGGCAAACAUAUAGUGGACGUGUUUGCUGAAGACCAGGGUAAACUCAAACGAAGGACUAAAGUCACGUGUUUUAUAACUGUCGAUAGCGAGAUGAAUCGUUCUCCCCUGACAAUCAGUUUGUCGAAACCCAAACCGACGCUUUAUGAGAAUGUCGGUCUUAAUACACUCGUCACCACAGUUCGUGUGAAGAAAGCUGGGGUACAGUAUAGCAUUGUGGGCGGAAACACUGGACACGCUUUUAAUAUCUCUCGACAUGGCAGAGUUAGUGUGGCAAACAUGUUAGAUUAUGAAACUGUGAGAGAGUAUAGACUUGUUAUCAGAGCUAUGUAUAAAUCGAGUGCGGGACUGGAACUAGCAACUGAGGUGUGAUGUCAUUAAUUAUAUGCUUCCUUGUGUGCUUCUGCGGAAUAUGUUAAUGAGACUGUAUAACACGCGGAAUAUGUUAAUGAGGUUCAUAAAUGUAAUCAGCUAAUGCGUGUUUAUGUCCGUUGUCAUCCCAUUCAUUUCCAUAUAUAAUUUAAAUCGGCUGGGGUAACUUUGUUUCAUUCUACUGGUAUGUUUACUACAUCAAAACAGUGGUAACUAAGCAUGUGACAUGAUGUCGUCUGAUUAGCAGUUGGCAACAUAUAACAAUGCAUUAGUAGAAUGCACUGUAUGUCUUGAUAUAACCCACUAUCACUUCUAUUUAGUAACCUGGAAUAUAAACUUACGUUACUGCAGUUCUCAUGGAGUUCUUCAGUUACUGCAGUUCUACUCAUGUCCACAUGACCUCUAGAAGUGUAUUGAGUUGUUUAAUGUUUAAUUACUUAUUUCUGAUGUUUUCAUUCCUCUAGAAAGUUCUCAGAAUUCCAAUACUAGACAUCAACGACAACGAACCAAGAUUCACGAUCCUGGAGAACCCCCUGGUUCUGAACAUCAACACAAGAGUCCAUCCUGGAUCUGUUAUCACCAAAAUACUCGCUCACGAUGCUGACUCAGCAAAAACUCUCAUCUAUACAAUCAAGUCUAGUUCGUCUCCAGUCCCUUUCAAGAUUGACUCCAGCUCUGGUGUGAUUACUGCUCGGACCUCGCUGCAAAGUCGUAGUUGGUCGUAUUUGUUUACGGUCGUCGCCGAAGACGGAGGGACAGCGAGGAAACGUAAUGAACUUGAGAUACAUGUAAGAAUCCUUGUGGGUAAUUCUAGUUUGAAAAUCCCUAGACAUCAAUUGGUAGCGAAGGUUAAUGAGGGGCCUUUGGGAGUAAGUAGGAAUAUUCUAAGUUUUGGCAUAAAAAAUGUAGCCGAACAUGACCUGACGUAUUCUAUAAUCAAAGGGAAUUAUGGGACCGCUUUUUGCGUUGAUGUCACAGGUUCUCUUUACGCGGUCAGAGAACUGGAUAGAGAAUCACGUGGGAACUAUAUUUUGUCUGUCUCGGUAAAUGAUGGAGAGAGCUCGGAAAUUUCCGAUGUUCACAUCACAGUCAAUGAUAUUGAUGAUCAUCGUCCCCAGUUUCCCGAUGGCGAAAUCUUGAUAUUUACUGACGAAAACAUGCAAGAACAGAAAAUCAAGAGAUUGAGUGCAGAGGACAGCGACUUAGGUAACAUUACAUACGGGAUAGUUGGAACAUCACGUCAGUCUUAUAGCAAUGUCUUCGCAAUGGAUCAUGGGAUAGUAAUGAUAACCCGAACUUUAGACCGCGAGGAGGCUGCAACACAUGUGUUAACCAUAGUAGCCACAGACCAAGCUUCACACAAGACAUUCGCUCGAGCUGUUGUUCUCGUUCGAGAUAAAAACGACAACUCCCCCCGGUUUCUGUCACGUGACUACGCUCAACGUAUCCCUCUGAAUGCCGCUCAAGGUUAUUUCAUUCUGCGAACUCUGGCGACUGAUAAAGAUUCGGGACUGAAUGGACAAAUAAGGUACCUGAGGAAUUUUUAUGUUAUGAGGAUUUUAGAUAAAAAUCCGUUACAGAACAAACCAGGGGCCAGUUGUUCAAAGAUAAGCACUAACCCUGGUUACCCUGGUAACCCUGGUUACCCUGGUUUGUAUAUUUCUGCACGUCUGCAGUUUAUUUCAAAACUUCAGGGAAGAUCCAGACAAGAUCUAUGAAGAAAUAUUUCCAAAUUUAUAGACAAGCUGUCAGGAAGUUUGCUUUGAAUUUUAGGUUAACUUAGGGUUAAGCUAACCCAGCUUUGAACAACCGACCCCAAUAGAAUAGAUUGCUAACACAGUCUCACAAUAGACCUUAUGCUUAAUGACGUCACAAGGCUUGAUGCCCGCGAGGAAUGCUGGUCUUAGUAGUCAUCGUCCGGGAAAAUUUCGAUAGUGGAAAAUAGAUAGUAGAAAAUUUCGAUAGUAGAAAAUUUCCAUUUUGAAUUGUUUAAUUUUCCCAGGCGAUGACUAUUAAGACCAGCAUUCCUCGCGUGCAUCAAGCCUUGUGACGUCAUUAUGCAUAAGGUCUAUUAAACUAAACUAAACUUAACGAACUUUAUAUCAAAUAGCUCGGAAAGUACGUCACCUUGACUAUGGAGCCUCGUUUUCGUGAUUGCAGCUUUGGACUUUAACCAAUUCCAACGAAAACGAGGGCUUUGGCCAAAAUGAAAUACUUUUGUAUUUCGGAGUGUCCUCCAGAUGCUCCCUAACAAUAUCUGUUCGGGUGCAACAACCACAUACAGCGCAAAAAUUAACCAUUUUAACACAAAAUUAUUAUAAACUUUUAAAAAAUUUCCUUUGCUUACAAAAGUUAUAUUAUGCAUAGAUUGCUAAUUUGUCCUCCAGAUGCAUCGUCACCGGCGCUGUGACGUCAUGUACAAUGGGUCUAUUGCUCUCAUCAGUAAGUAUGUUGUGAGUGCCGCUCUUUCUUACAGAAGGUUGAGGUGAAAUUAUUAUAAUCAGUCAACUAUAUCGCAGAAAUUGAGCCCUGGUGACAGAGAUGAAAGACUUGUACUGACCAUAGCAUGCAUCACUAAAGCACAGAAUACUAUACAGAAGUCCAUCUCCAUUGUUUUUUGCGUAAGCGCUAUUCGUCAUGAUUCGUCACUCAGCAAGUACCGUAAACAGAAGCAGUUAACCCCUGGACGUGCGCCAUUUUGAGUAUUGCCAGGGGGGACUGCUUCUGUCUACGAUACUUGCUGAGUGACAAAUCAUGACGAAUAACACUUACGCAAAAACCAAGGGAGAUGGACUUCUGUAUAGUAUUCUGUGACCAAAAGCGCAUUCCAUUCAGUGCAAAAUGUUGCGCAAUCGACAAUUUGCUAUCGCUUUCUUUUGAAAUACAAACAGUGAAGCGGAACAAAUUUCAUUAGCGAUCGCGAAAAAUCGAUCGUGGGACAUUUUGCACUGAAUGGAAAUCCGCCUUAAUUAAUAACGCCCCCAAACCAUUUCCUGUCAUAUUGAUAAGUUAAUUCGUUGCGCGAAUAAUUAUGUUCAUGCAAUUCUAUUGUUUCAGUUACACGAUUCAUCCAUUAUCGAAAAUGUUCACAAUUGAUGAGUCCACAGGCUGGAUAAGUGUGGCCAGCGAACUUACACAUGGUAGUUUUAUAUUCAAUGUGACUGCGGAGGAUCAUGGGACAGCACGACGUCGUGAUACAGUGCCAGUCAAGAUUAUUAUUGAGGUCAGUGCAGGGCCUCCACGUUUCUUAUACCGGGGCUUCCCGCGAGGGUUCUACGAAAGUGUUCCCGAAUACCAAAUCAGUGGGACUAAGGUGUUAAAACUAACUGCAGUUAGUGAAGAUAUAGUGGCCUAUGCUUUAUACCAGACCAACGUCACUGACUUUGUAAUUGAUCCUAUCUCAGGAGAAAUUACCACGACCAAACCAUUAGACUACGAGAACAUCAAAUAUUACGAGUUCACAGUAAGUGCCACUGACCGUAGUGAGCGUAUAAGCCUGGCUGAUGUGAGGGUAUCUGUGGAGAAUAUUAAUGACAAUAAACCUCGAAUUUUAAAUACGAACAAGAAUAAUGAGAUCUCAUGUCGUAUACGUUAAGAUGCACACGUUGGCUCUUUACUCAUCAAGAUUCAAGCCCAGGACCUUGAUAAUGAUCGUCUGAGCUUCUCUUUGACUCAAAACUCGAAAUCAAAACUUUUCAGUAUUGACGCGGCUGGUAAUAUAAACACUCUGGGGUCACUACAGGGCAUCAAGGAUAAUAUAUAUCUCGCAGUGACAGUUAGGGAUAAUGGGAGUCCCGUGUUGGAGGAUACUGCUACAGUUAAUGUUGUUAUUGUGAACUAUGAAGACAGCCUCAUUUCUAUGUCGAAGGCCGAAGUCAGUGAAGAUGCCAUAGUCGGAAAACCUAUUCCUGUUUCACCAAAAAUUACCCCACGGUUCAAACGUACUCAAUAUACCCUAAUUUAUCCCCUUCAAUCACCAUUUACUCUCCAUAGCACCCUUGGGAACCUCAGUUUGAAAACGAGGCUUGAUUACGAGGAGCGGCAGAAUUACUCCCUGAUCGUGAGACUACAAGAGACUGGAAACAAGAAAAAUUAUUUUGAUGUCGAUAUCAGAAUUGAAGUGAAAGACGAAAAUGAUAACCAGCCGGAGUUUGUUCCUCCCGGGGAUUUCAGCAGUUGCACAAACCCGAUAGGGAGAAAGAUCCAUGAAAAUGCGCAGAGAGGAAGUUUAGUGUAUCAGUUAAAAGCAAGGGAUAAAGACAGUGGUUUAAAUGGCGAGGUUGAUUAUUCGAUGGGAAAAUGCCAAGACGUCGACUGUGAUGACUUGUUCUCGUUGGAUUUGAAUACUGGAGAGCUUAAGACCACUGGAGUUUCUUUAACAGAACCUCAGUAUAAAGUGAACAUUCUCGUAUACGAUAAAGGAAUCCGCGCACGAAGUACCCGGGGUUGUAUCAUAGUGAAGGCCGGUCCGUGGAAACCGCAGUUCACGAAGCAAGAAUAUCAUUUUGAAGUGGAUGAGUCUGCGGAUGUUGGUCAGCGUGUUGGGGUGGUCGAGGCUCAAGGAUUUGGAGUUGCUGUCACGUAUGAACUACGGAGUCCAAGUAAGAAACACUGUUUUAACGACACACACUCGUAG